GUCUCCCCGCCUGCUCGCCUUCCCUCCUUCCCUCCUUCCCUCCCUCGUUGGUCCCUGGCGCGGGCCGCGGCAGCUGCGACCGCCCCCACCUCCUCCUCCGUCGCUGCUGCUGAUCCUGCAGGACCGGGAGAGGUGGGGGGGUGGUGGUCGAGGGGGGUCAUGGCGUCCUGCGUGGGGAGCCGGACCCUGAGCAAAGACGAUGUGAACUACAAGCUGCAUUUCCGGAUGAUCAACGAGCAGCAAGUGGAGGACAUCACCAUAGACUUCUUCUAUCGUCCGCACACCAUCACCCUUCUCAGCUUCACCAUUGUCAGCCUCAUGUACUUCGCCUUCACCAGGGAUGAUUCUGUUCAAGAAGAUAAUAUCUGGAAAGGCAUCCUCUCUGUUAUUUUCUUCUUUCUCAUUAUCAGUGUGUUAGCUUUUCCCAAUGGUCCUUUUACUCGACCACAUCCUGCUUUAUGGAGAAUGGUUUUUGGUCUCAGUGUGCUCUAUUUCCUGUUUCUGGUAUUUCUUCUUUUCCUGAACUUUGAGCAGGUAAAAGCUGUGAUGUACUGGCUAGACCCAAACCUUCGUUAUGCCACACGAGAAGCUGAUAUCAUGGAAUAUGCUGUCAACUGUCACGUCAUCACCUGGGAGAGGAUUCUCAGCCAUUUUGACAUAUUUGCAUUUGGACAUUUCUGGGGCUGGGCUAUGAAGGCUUUAUUGAUUCGGAGUUAUGGGUUAUGUUGGACAAUCAGUAUUACUUGGGAGCUAACUGAGCUUUUCUUCAUGCAUCUUCUGCCUAAUUUUGCUGAAUGCUGGUGGGAUCAAGUCAUUUUGGACAUCUUGUUGUGCAAUGGAGGCGGCAUCUGGUUGGGAAUGGUAGUUUGCCGCUUUUUAGAGAUGAGGACUUAUCACUGGGCCAGCUUCAAAGACAUUCACACCACGACAGGGAAAAUCAAAAGGGCUGUAUUGCAGUUUACUCCUGCCAGCUGGACAUAUGUUCGGUGGUUUGACCCCAAGUCUUCCUUUCAGAGAGUGGCUGGAAUAUACCUUUUCAUGAUCAUCUGGCAGCUGACUGAAUUGAACACCUUCUUCUUGAAACAUAUCUUUGUGUUCCAUGCAAGCCAUCCAUUAAGUUGGUGUAGAAUUCUCUUCAUUGGUGGGAUCACUGCACCUACUGUUAGACAAUACUAUGCUUACCUCACUGACACACAGUGCAAACGAGUGGGAACACAGUGCUGGGUAUUUGGGGUCAUUGGUUUUCUGGAAGCAAUUGUUUGCAUAAAAUUUGGGCAAGAUCUCUUCUCCAAAACUCAGAUACUUUAUGUCAUGCUUUGGCUUCUUUGUGUGGCUUUUACUACUUUCCUGUGUUUAUAUGGUAUGGUUUGGUAUGCAGAGCACUGUGGUCACCGAGAAAAGACAUAUUCUGAGGGUGAAGAUAGCCCCUACAGUUCAGAUGUCUCCUGGCUUCAUUCUAAGUUUACAAAAGGUACUGAAGAGAGCCCACCCAAACAUGCGGGAAAUAAUGAAAGCCAUUCUUCCAGAAGAAGGAAUCGCCAUUCUAAAUCAAAAGUAACCAAUGGAGUUGGGAAGAAAUAAUAAAACAAAAACCCUGGUUUAUCAAAGAUGUUCCAGAGAGUGCCUAGAAUUGAGAGUGACACUGGACUAGUUCUGACUUCCUUGUUAAGAGGUUAAUAUGCAUAGAGAAAACCAGAGGAGGGGAAGGAAAAUAGGCUUGGAGUGAGGGAGUACUUGAGGGAAGGCUAAUCUUCUGUUUCACCUGGAUCCUGUAUUUCAGAUCAUUGCCUGCCACCCCUUGCCAUUUCCUGGUCUCUUCUACCUUCUAUUCUGCCCCCUUCUGUCCCCAGGAGUGGCACAGUAUAUCCAAAGGGAGAUGGAGCUGUUUCUUCACCCUUGCCAAGAAGCAAAUUUAGUGUGAGGGGCCCAUGAUGGAUUUCAAAUCUGUUCCUUCAGGCAAGAACAUGAACCCCAAGGGGAAUGGACCCGUCACCAAUUUUGUUUUUCACUCAGUUGCUUUAUUUUUAUACAUUGGUUGAUAUCUUGGAGCCUUCAGUGGCAACACCUAAAGCCUUUUGUAGGCAUUGUAGGAAUCAUUUUCCUCAAGGGAAAAAAUGGGAACUUUAUUUUUUAAUCAUUGAUGCGCUAUCUUAAAAAAAACCAACUACUCCAAUGUCAGAAAUCCAUAAAUCUAUAGAGAGGGCUAAUUGUAUGUAGAGUAUACUGGGCUUCAGAUCUGAUCUAGGCCUUUUUUAUUGUUCCAUACAAGAUGCCAUUUGUUCAGCCUUCUCUACAAUACGUGAUCAACCCUGUUACAAAGGCAGUGACCGAUGGUUUCUGUCCAUAGCCAGGUGCCUUUUACUUUUUACCUUUUGUUGUUUUCUUUCCACGGUAUAAUGGCUGGCAUUAAGUAUGUCUUUUAGUCACAUGGGAGGUGCUGGUAAGUAUAUUAUCCUGUUAUCCUCACCAUGCUUUGUAGAACAUUUACCUUUAUGGUUCACCUUCUCCCCCACUGGAUCCCAGUUUUAAAUAAAACUAUUCCUUUUAAAAAACUUAGAUGGAUCUUUAAUCUGUUUCCAAGUAAUUGCUAUAAUUUCCAUAGACCUGUAGGUAUCAUGAAUAUAUUAGAUAUCCUGCUUUCAGUAACAGAUAAUGAACAUUUUUGUUGUUUAUGACAAUGAUGAUGAUUUCAUCAAUCGAGUUGAGUUUUUUCCUAAUAAGUGGUCAGUGCAUGGAUGAUUGACCAUUGACCUUUCAGUGUAGACUUGCUGAAAGAAAUCCAUUUGUUCCCACAUUUUGUAGAAUACAGAUGUUCAAAUGUUUUCUCCUUCUUUCCUCCCCCCACAAGGAAAUCUUUAGUAAUAGAUGGGUCAUGUUUUUCUUUUUCUGCAAAAGAAUUCUGAGGUGAAAGGGUUAAAUGAAUCAAGCAAGCCUGGGGUCACUUCCUGUGCUCUGUGCCUCUUAGAGACAACUUGGAUAUGGGCUAUACAAGACCAGUCUACCAGCCAGACUUGUUAAGUAUACAAGGCAUCAGGAGACACGUUGUCCGUGGGAUAACUUAAUUGUAAGAAUUCUAACAAAGGGAAGUUGCAGUGAUUGGUCGCAAGCUUUAUGCUAUUAAGUGCUUUAACAAAUCCACACCAUUCCGAAACAAGGUUUGAAAAUAGGAAAAGAAGCAUGUGUUUCACUAAAAUACUUCCUAGAGCCCACAAAUGCCUAUUCUUAAAUUAAAAAGAAAUAGUUGUAUAAUAUAAGAAUUAUUUUGACUUGGAAGCUCCUGUGUUUUCCUCCACUAAAACAAUGUUAAGUGUUAUAUAUAACACAUGAGGAUGGCAGAAGAGAACUAGAAACAUUUUAAAUUCCUGCAUUUUGCUUUUCUUUCCCACAGUGUUCCAUGUCCAUACCCAUCCUUCUGCCCCCCACCCCCACCGCCUUUUGCUCUAAGCAUGUGGUACACCACUGGCUGCAUGUGGAAGUUAAUUUUCCUGAUUGGUCAAGCGUAGUACCAGUGCAACAUGUUUGUGUUCCAGAGCCUUUUACCUGAUUUAUUUUCAUUUUAAAACUUGAACAGAGGAAAUUGGAGAAGGAGGCACCUGUGGAACAGGUGGUAAAUCUCACCCUACUAUACAGGGCAAGGCUUAGAGAUCAUUCUUCCUCAGCUCAGCCUGGAACAGCCAGGAGAGUAGCAAGAUAUUAAAAGAAAUGGUCUCAUCUGCUUUCUGCACUGCUUUUCCUCUUUGAAUUAAAGCUUUUUUUCCCCUUUCAAGUAAAAGUUUUUCAUGACUUAUAUGGUGGUUGCAAAAACAAAACAAAACAAAACAAAAAAAAAACUUUUGCUGGUUGGCCAAAGCCACAGCUAAGAUUUCCUUUUGCUCUGACAGCAACACCCCUGGCUGAAACUGGCCUUUUCCACCCCGUUUCCAUGGAUAUGGACUUCACAUUACCAAAAAUAGAAUAAAAUGCUUUAAAGUUGUCACUUGAUAGCUGUAGUGAUUUGAUUUUAAAGCAUUUAUCCUGUUUUUACAGGGCCAUACAUUGACUACCCUUGAGGGGAAACCCUUGUUCCAGACAUGACUGAGAAUGAGAAUUUUUUAUGCAUUUUCCUCUUUUGGUGGUACUUUAAAAAAAGUGUUAAAUGCUAGUGUUUGGUUUGGGCUUUUUGGUUUUUUUUUUUUUGCCUGUCCCCAAUCUUUCCAUAUCCUCUCACCACUUUUCCCAGGUCUGUUUUUCUCAUCUAUAAAAUGAAAUUUAGUGUACUUAUCUCACUGGGAUGCUAGGAAGUUUUAUUGCUUUUUUGAAGCAUUUUGAUCAUGAAAAAUAAAUGCUUGUCUGUCCUUUUCAUUAGGCCUGAUUUUCCAGUAUGUUAGGUUAAAUAGAGUAGUCACCCAAGAAAAGUGAAAUCAAAUUCUUUCCCAAAUACUAAACAGGUUCAGUAUUGAUAUCUUCUUUGGACUUCUGGCUAGCAUUUCAAGUGUCCUUUUCAUUUGGCAUUUGAUUUUGACUGCUGGGAACUACUCUUGUCUAUUUCUAUUGGUUGACUCAUUCAGUCCAGAAUGAAGUUGGUUGUUGGAGGUGGAGAGAAUCCAGCCACUGAAGAGGAGGCUGAAAACUCAAAGUGAACAGGGACUGUUCUAACCCCUGAGAAUCAAUAAUGGGGGAAAAGCUUUAAAGAUAGAGUAGCAGAAUCAUUCCAUGUGCCUAAUUGCCUAAAUGAAUUGUGUUCAUCAACUACUAGGAAAAAGUUCUGAUCUUAUAUCCUCUUUUUGAUUAAUAGAGCCACUACUCAUUUUGAUGACAUUCCUUUUUAUUUAAUAGGUGAUGUUAUAAAAAGAAGCAGCAGAUGUACCAGUGAUGUACUAUGAAAAUGCCCCUUUGUCAGUUAUAACACUGAAACUACUUUUUGACAAUAGCUCAGAACCCUAUUUGAAAAUGAUUCAUUAAGCAAUGCACAUAACUCCCUUCCUUGUGCCUUGCACAUAGUAGGUGCUCAUUAAACAUUGAAUAAAUUAGCAUAUAUGUUGCAUUUGUAUGUGUGUCUAGCAUUUUUUAUUUUGACCUUUUUUCUGACCCAUUGGCUAAGAAGGAUGGGCCAAUUUUUUAAAAGUCACAUUCUUCAUUAUUCCAUUAUAGCAAAAGUAUUGAGGAAAGUAUAUCAGGAAAGAUUAUGGUAUUUUUUAGGUGGUCUGGUAAUAUUCUUUAUGACUAAAUAAAUAUGACCUAUAGUUGAUAAAUAUUUUAUUCUGCUUUCCUGUUCAAGUCUUAUGAAUUUUAAGAGGCAGUAUUUAGUCAGCUCUAAGACAAAAACAAUUUGUUGAUCCUGAAUUAUUUUUUAAUUUUUUGGAAUCCUAAAUUGCAAGAACUGACAUGAUCCUAAAAACAAUUCAUUUAAUACUGCCUUUAAUCUCUACUUCUCAAAUUAAUCAGUGACUCAGUGACCUUUUUUUUUUAUCCCCUCGUACCAUCACUGCAGCCUGCCACAUGAAUUUUGAAGCUGCUUACCAUACACACAGGAGCUUGUUUGUUGUCUUGUUCUUCACAUAACUUUGUGGUUUUCAACAUGUCCAAAAGCUCACAUACCACAUCUCUCUGGGUAAUCCUAGUAUGUAUUGCAUAGAUGUAAUUGUUAAUAGCAUUUAGCUCCCACCAGAAUUAUCAAUUGCUUCCUUCCUGUUCUUCUGCUUCUUGUCUUUAACCUUUUAAAUCCAUGUGCCCCGUAACUGCCAGUGAAGUCUUUUUAAUGUACAACUUUGAUUGUGUGAUUCCUCUGCUCAAAAGCCUUCUGCUGCUCCCUAUUUCUCUUAGGAUAAAACAUAGAACUCCUUAGGUUGGCCUCCAAGACUUUCCAUGACUGGGUGUCAGCCUUCCUUUCCAAAUUACUAUCUUCUCCUCUUCACACACUGUGUUCCAGCCAAACCAGAUUACUUGACUGCAUGCUUUUUGUACAUGCUGUGCCCAGUGCUUUUUGGAAUGGUCUCUGCCUCCAUACCCCACCUACUGAAUUCACCUCCUUUAAGGUCCAAGUUCAAGUGUCUCCUCCAUCAAGUCUUCCCUGAUACCACUAGCAUCCCUCAGUUACAAAUGAUCUCUCUUCCCAAAGGUCAGUGACUGGGCUUAUCCUAUGCAUUUAUCCUAUAAUUUGUAUUAUAGUUAUUUGUGAAUUUGUCUUACCUACUUCUAGAUUGUAAGCUCUUUGAGGGCAGGAACUUUGUCUUGUUAAAUCAUUGUAUUCUCAGCACCUAGCACAGCGCAAUGCAUAUGGUAGGUGCUUAAUAAAUGUUUGUCAAAUUGAA